UACGUGUCGAUCUAUAAGGAGAAGCACUGAAAGAUUGAAACGUCUCGAUAGAACUGGUGUUGCCUUCAGUAAUAGCUCGGAUUUUUAGAAAUCAACGUGGCUGCUUCCUUACACUAUAUCCGAACAUAUGUUGUUGUUCAUUUUAUUAUAUCUUCACAAUUAAUAUAAAACUCGAGGCGUUAAUUGUGUGUGUGAAAUAUGUAUAUAAAAUAUCCGGAAACAUAACCAGGGUUUGUGGAAAUUUCAGAUUUUCCACGGUUGUUUGAAGGCACCACAGCCUGACUCCUUUCCCCUGUUUUCUUGUGACGCUGCAGGCAGACGGAGCAAAGACUGCGAACUCCUCGAGAACAUCUCCAUUUUAGUGCAUAUACGUGUGUUUCAAGGGAGUUUAACAACCAAACAAUGCGCCUCGCUACCUUCGACAUGACUUAAAAGCCCUCUUGAAAUGGAAAGUAACUCCGUAGAAGAUGAGUGCGUGGAUUCGGGAGCAGAAACUGCAGGACAUUAGUCACAAAAUGGACCUUAUGACUGUCAUUGCUGGAACCUGUCCACCAGAGAGCGCUACGUAUGCCCAUUCAAAGCAUGCAACGACUGCGCUGCUUCGCCCAUCCAUCCAUUUUCAGAGACGCUUAUCCUCAGAAGGGUCGCAGGAUCGAGGUUACACCCUGAACUGGUUGGGCGCCAAUUUGCAGGUCUGACUACAGUACCUUGUCAUCUACUAGCGGCGACAUGUUGAUGCACGACCUCCAGCGGGACCCCUUCCUGGUGAGCGUGCACUUGAUCGCAGACCCGGGGGAGGGCAACGUCCUUCAGCGGGCGGCUGACGGCGUGCUGACGUGGCUCCACCCUGAGCUACAGCUUUUCAGAGUUUCGGAGCGCGCCGCCACCUCCUCCGCGUGCCCCCGACCCAAGCAGGAUCAUUUGCACCAGGGGGGAGCCUCCCAACCGGCAUUGGCUGUAAUUUUAUUCCUCUUGGAAGGCGACGUGGGCAGCAAGGAGUUGGGGUGCCCCCCUUGGCAGUACCAUCAUAGCGAGAAGGUGAGCCGAGGGCGCCAGUCGGGGGCGGCAUCCACGCAGGAUUUUUUCACACUGGGGGCCAGCACCCCGCUUUGGGCCCUGAGGAGGGUGCGGUGUGGUAAAGGGACGCUGCGUUUGACGCUGUACUGUUGCUAUGACAACUAUGCCCACACAGUGCGCUUGUACAAGCGUCUGCUGGGCCGCCGGCUGGCCCACAAGACGCCAGACUUCUGCUUUCUGGUGGUGUAUGCUAACCCUCUCCUGGAGGUCCAGAUGGCUUUCAGGAGGCUGCCCCGAGGGAGGCACCCGGCCCUGCUGGAUUCAGCCUUGCUUGAAGUGAGGGUGCAAGAUGUGGGUGCCCUGGUGCCACUCCUGCCAAAUGCAUGCAGGCCCAUUAGUGACAUGAGGUGGCAGACGCAAGACUACGACGGGAAUAAAAUACUACUGCAGGUGCAAGGUGCUCACGGGGGUCGUCACCAUCGGGCAGCCUCGCGCCCCAGGGUCCCACAUCAUCAGGCAUCACUGUGCUCGCUCCCUUUAUGCGGCAACGAGGAUUUCUAUCCUGAGUGGUGGUGUCACCCUUCAGAGGGCCAGGGCUGUUGGGGAAAAGGCGGACGCUCGGACUCACUUUACUCGCUGCCCAACCUUAGCUCAUCACCAGUACCUCCAGCCAGCCCCCCUCACAGGGAACGUCGCUGCCACUCCCUGCAGCGGAGCGCUUCCCUUGUUCCGCCUUUCCGCCUCAACGUGGACACCCUGGUGGGCGCAGAGGAGACAGACGUGGACACUGGGACCACAGUCAGAGCAGGCGGCGUGGACCUUAGUGUGAUGUCGGCGUACGUCCACCAAUCCGGCCCACCAGCGUCCCUCUCGCAGCAUUUUGAUAUGGAAAAUGUGAAAGCCCUCACGCAGCGGACACAGGACUCCACGGGACCCCUUAAUGGGGGAGAACAUGAAGCGCUUGAAGAAAGCUGUGCAGAGGAAGACCUCGAGGAAUUCUACAUUUGAAGUGUAGCGCUACAAUGCCCCUCGCCUGGUGUGGAUUAUUUGGAGUUGUCUGUUUCUCUUAUGCAAGUUCGUGGUUAUUAGGCACAAUUCCAAUGGCUCACACUGGGGGAAAAAAAUGGUUCGGUUACAUGAUUCAAAUGUUAGAAAUUAAUGCAGAUUUCCUCUAUUGUUUUUGUAAUAAUCUGACAAUUUUUUAAACAUUUAAUCCUGUGCGACUGAUGUACAUGUCAAGAUAAACUCCCCCCACCCAGUGUACCUGUAGCAUGAGUAUGCCCUUAAUCUAAGUGGUGCUCCGAAAUAUAAAUUCAGAUUUAAUGGACAGUAUAAAUUAAUGUGCAAAUAAAGCAGAAUGUUCUCCUCUUCAACAAUG